GUUUGCCUUUUGUCACUGCUCCAAAUAAGUUUGAAGCUCUUGCAGCUCAUGAUGCUCUAGUUGAACUUAGUGGAGCUAUGAACACAGUGGCAUGUAGUCUGAUGAAAAUAGCUAAUGAUAUUCGUUUCCUGGGUUCUGGACCACGCUCUGGACUAGGAGAACUCAUCCUCCCUGAAAAUGAACCAGGAAGUAGCAUCAUGCCAGGAAAAGUGAACCCUACCCAGUGUGAAGCUGUAACCAUGGUGGCAGCCCAAGUUAUGGGAAACCAUGUUGCUGUUACUGUUGGAGGUAGCAAUGGACACUUUGAACUGAAUGUUUUUAAGCCAAUGAUGAUUAAAAAUGUUUUAAACUCUGCAAGGCUUCUUGGAGAUGUUUGUGUUUCUUUCACGGACAACUGUGUAGUUGGAAUCCAAGCGAAUACAGACAGGAUCAACAAACUAAUGAGUGAAUCUCUGAUGUUGGUAACAGCGCUUAAUCCACAUAUAGGAUACGAUAAAGCAGCUAAGAUUGCCAAAACGGCGCACAAAGAAGGGACAACGCUGAAGGAAGCUGCUCUAAAGCUGGGGUUCCUCACCUCGGACCAGUUUGACCAGUGGGUGAAGCCUAAAGAUAUGUUAGGUCCUCAGUAACUUCUUUAACACACAAAAAAAGUGUUCUUAACAUAAAAAAAUAAAUAAACCAAAACAAAUACG